AUGUCCCAAAACAGCGAGGAGACACAGAACAGCCUCCGCUCAGCCACCGUCGGCUUCGACCAUCUCUUCUCAAAUGAACUCCAGAACGCCCGCGAUGCCUUUGCGGCCACCGAUUCUCCAUUUCACCAGCUCGGUCUCGGCGCUUGCGCCUUCCUCGAGGCCGCCCUUGGGAUGGAGACAGCCUUGCUGGCUGAGGCCCAGCGUUGUCUCUCUCUUUCCGAAGCUGGCUCGAAGAAGCAGCUCAAGGCAUCCAAGUAUGCCAAACCCACCACCAGGUUCCCACCCGGCACCGAGUGGGAACUUCUUCAUUCAGAUGCCAUCAUCCUCCUUGGCCUUAAUUAUGCGUUAAGCGAAUCCUACAUGGGCUACCUGCAAUGCCUCUAUUCAUUGAAUAGGUCAACUUCUUUCUCUGCCCACUCCAAAUAUUCAAAGCUAUACAAGACUGUCUACCCGAAUGGUCUUGACAGCCUCCCUACCCCAGCUUCUUCCACCGAUCCCUCCCGCGCUCCAAGCGUGCAUUCCGCCGCGUCUUCCACGCUCUCUGUUGCCACUACUACUCAGAGCUCAAGCUCCUCCUCUACGCCGACUAGCAUAGUUUCAAAGCGCUCUGGGUUCUUCUCGCGCUUCUCUAACUCGACUCCGUCUAGUGUGAGCUCGAGCACGCUUUCCCUUCCCACUAUUGAAACCCCAAGCAACUUUGAAGUCGUCGAGGGAUCUGUUGAUGAACUUAUAUUGUCAGGCACUGCAUUCGGAUACGGAUUAUUCAACCUUGUCUUUUCCCUAUUGCCAGCGAAGAUUAGAGGUGUCGUAGGCUUCCUCGGUUUCAAUAGUGAUCGUCGACUAGCACUUCGCGCACUUGCUGUUUCCGCCGCGCACACUGAUGUACAUGGUAUCUUUGCGGGGUUGGCCCUGAUGACGUAUCACGGCGUGGUAUUAUUGCUUUCGGGAUACCAAGCGGACGAACAGCACAUUCUGCGCCAGUAUCGCACGAUUGUCGACAAGGUAUCAACGCGUUAUCCAAAUGGAUCUCUGUGGAUUUUGAACCGCGCCAAGAUUCUUCGCAUGUCUUACGACACGGAGGGUGCAAUUCAGGUCCUGCAAGAUGGUCUGAAACCAGACCGUCCAAAAACCUUUGUCCAAGCUGAUGGACUGCUGAUCUUCGAGUUGGCCUGGACGUUGCUUUCCCAGCGUCGUUACCAGGAGGCGGCGGAUGCGUUUAUCAAUAUGACAAAAAUUAACAGUUGGAGUCACGGAACCUACUACUUUAUCGCUGCCGGAUGUUAUAUCUCCUUAAAGAAUUAUGAGAAAGCGCUUGAACUGUUCGAGGCGAUCCCAGCCCUGUUGGACAAGAAAAAGAUUGGUGGGAAAGACUUGCCGACAGAAGUCUUCAUCAAGAAGAAAUUGGCGUUCUACAAGGAGAAGCAGAAGCGGCUCACUGGGUCUGAGGACAAUUAUGUCCAGUGCAUGAAGAUUAGCCCUGCUGAAGAACUCGCCAUCUUUUGGAACACACAUGCGCGUAUACCAAAGGACGUUGCUCUGGCUCACAUUGCGGAGCUCGGAAUUCUUACACCCCCUUCCACGAUAGCUAGCUCGAUAAUGUCUCCCUCAGCGGCGUCUCCCUCAUCUGCACCCGCUGCUGCUGACCUCGACACCCCCGAUGAAUUGGCGAUUCGCUCGUUACUUCUUGGUAUCUUGCAUCGCACGGCAGGGGAGUAUGCUUCAGGGCGAGCGUUCCUCGUUGAUGCGCAUGCGCGUCACUCUUCGGUGAAGGUGAGCACCUGGAUCGGAGGCGUUGCCCUGUUCGAGCUCGCAGUGCUAGAGCUGCGGGAGGCGCAGGCGCGAGUGGAAGGCGUGCCAGGACUGGACGUGCAAGCAGGCGAGACCCACGCCUCAAUGCCGAAGGUAUCGGAUGCUGAGAAGAAGGAUGUUUGGGCGGGGGCGAUGCGGGAGGCUGAGGCGCGAUUAGAGAAGGCGCUCUCGCUCGCCACCCAGCAGGUCGAUUUAUCGUCAAGACUAGACAGUCGGAUCGCAAUGUUGAAGGAUGAGAUUGCGAUGAAAAAGGAGCUCCUGGCGAGCGCUGCAUAG